GCUUUUGAAAACUCCGUCAUUGUGGGAAACAACAGAAACCACUUGACCUCCUUAAGCGACUGGCUUAAACCUGUGACAAAAAGCGUCAAUUCUCUGUGGAAACGCUGUUGGCGUGCAUCCGUGGACGGCUGGGCUGCAAGUACAUUUCACUCCCGAUGUGACGGCAAGGGCCCGACUGUGACAAUAAUAAGGGUCGGGAGAUACAUUUUUGGAGGAUACACCAGUAAAUCUUGGGGUAAGUGAACAUUGUAAAACAGCAGAUUUUGGUGCAUGGACCACCAGUACGGUUAUUUAAGCCUAUGUUCAGCUAAAAGUGCAGCUUGUUACUGCCCUAUAAAGACUCAGUUAACCCAUCCUUUCAUUAAGUAGUGGCGAAUAUAGGUUUAGGGUUGGCGGAUAUAGAUGCGGUCCCGCAUCUCUCACCCUUCAAUGGCCGACGAUCGCCCCACCUCAGUAGACUUAAAAAGGUCUGAAUGAACCCCAAUCCCCCCGUCCCCUCUUCUGAAAAAACUGACCCAAUAAUAAUAAUGAUGAAGAUAUUAAUAAUAAUUGUUAGUAUAAUAAACAAUAAAAUAACAAAGGCUUCAUUACUCUCGUAAGAGUAUUAUGACCAAUGCGGCAGAUUAAAGAAUGCUUUCGGAAGUGGUGCUUUCUUUAGUCACACAAAACAAUCUAAUCUAAUUCUUUUUUUUUUUCUCAUCAAUUGCUUUCAUAACUGCAAAUCUCUGCUAACUGACACUUCUCGUAGUCAAACACCUCACUUUACCUCCGAUUAGCAGACGCAAGUAUAUCAGUAUAGCAUGAACAUAAGUGAGGACGGCUUAAACCAAAUCAAAAGCAUAAAUACAAGAAUAUCAAAACCUCUAAUUUUUCUUAUACUUAUGCUUCUUAUGAUAGUAUAUAAUUAUUAAUCAUUUCGUGCUGUGUAUGCUUAUUUUUAUGUUAAGUUAUGCUCACGAUGAUACGUAUGCUUGCGCUUGCGUCGCUCUUGAUCCCUGUAGCCACAUAAAAAGACGAAUCUUAAUCUCCCUUUAGUGGAAAUUUCUUCUAAGCUGCAGAACUGACUGGUUCAAAAAGUGACCGCUUACGGUAGAUUCUAUUAUAAUUAUAUUAAUGGUAAAAAUAAUAAAGAAAUUCAUUAAAAGAAAGAAAAGAUUGAGCAGAAUUGAUUUAGCUCUUGAUAAACCGCGUGUAUUGCAUUACAGUGCAUGUGAUUGUCAUUUAUUAUUAUGAUUAUGAUUAUGAUUAUGAUUAAUUGUUUUUUUAUAACUCUUUGUGAUUUCUUGGAAUUUUGAAUUGCGAAGGUGUUUUGCCGGAAUUUUGUAUUGAUAUUGACGUUUUGCUUUUAAUAUUAAUAUUUACUGAUUGAAGUUUUGUGUGCAGCUUUUUAUUAAGAUAUUAUUAUAGGUACUAGGACAAUGUUACUAACUUAUUUUCAAUAUCUUUUUUUCUUUGCCUCUUCUAGGAGCAUCUGGGUAUCAGUACGACUCCAAAGCCUUUUUGUUUUCACUGGUGAACAGACCAGGAUGGGCGCCUGUUAAACUGUCUCAGACAGGGAAGUAUAGUUAUAGAAAGUCAUAUUCCAUUUACAGGUACUCAUCAUAUGGGCCUACAUUCGGAGGAGGACACGACAUUAACAUAAAAAGCGACGCAUCAUCCAAUAACAAUUCUUAUAGCGACCUUGGCAAUGAGUACAGUCCACCGAGCGGAUACAGCUACGGCAGCACCUUUGCACGAACAUUCCUGGCAGGAACUUACAAGUUCACACCAGACGAAGUUGAAACCUUUUACGAAACAACCUAAGUAUAGUAUGACUGACAUCAGCCCUGAUA